AGCUUCAUGUCAAGACAAACCUGAACGAUGCAGAGCCAAGUGAUUUCUCUUUUUGUAUUUCUGCUUUGCUGUAGUUUAAUUUACGUCGUAAUUUGGAUCAUGAUCCCAGUUAAAGGGCCAAGAUACCAAUUAAUUCAGUUGGAUUUUUUUUGGAGUGAUGAAGUCAAAGUAAUGCUAAGAAACAUUUCUGGAACAUCUUCAUUAAAUUUGUCUUCAGGAAAACCCACAGAGGGAAAGUCAAAGCAUCGUGUGACUUUAGAAACAUCACAGCUUAAACCUCAAACAGAAAUAACUCCUAUUCCCAUCCUUUUUAAAAAAAAUUUCACUAAGCUCCCCGAAUGGGAUUUCGAGGAUGUUUAUAUGAAAACCAGUGAAGUACAACGGCCGGUCUGUUCAAAGUCUCUCCAGAAGUCCAAAGACGAAGAGUUUCAACAUGCAGUGAUGUGGAACAUCCAGCUUUGGCUCCACAAUGGUCACCUGAAUAUGAGCGAAUGGAACCGUCUCGCGCACUUUAACAACCCGUUUGGGUUUAUGGAAUAUAAAUAUACUGACAUCAAAAAGGCAGUCGAUUUGAUCCCGAAACCCAAGCACUACCAGCUUUUACCAGUUCCCACUGGUUCAGUGGAUGGAUGUAUUCGCUGCGCUGUAGUCGGCACCAGUGGCAUCCUCAACGUCUCCAGAAUGGGCAAAGAGAUCGACUCCCAUGAUUACGUCUUUCGAGUGAACGGAGCAGUCACUAAAGGCUUUGAGGGGGAUGUCGGAAAUAAAACCUCAGUGUAUGUACACACAUCGUUCGCUUUAAUCCAGUCGCUUAAAAUCCUGGAAAAGUAUGGCUUCAAAAGCAUUCCACAUGAUGAGGGGAUUAUAUAUGUGCUGAUUCCAGAGGGGCAGAGAGAUUUUGAGUGGAUCGAAGGCCUCUUGAAGAAAAAGAGAAUGACAAACGGCUCCUACAAAGGAUACAGACCAUGGACGUACUACAGCAACCGCUUCCAAAAGGAUACAUUUUAUGUGCUUCAUCCUGACUUUCUAAGAUACAUCCGGAACAGGUUUAUGCCAUCUGAAACUCUGAAUAGAUCAUCCUGGCAUUUCUACAGACCCACCAAUGGAGCGUUCGCAUUGUUCUUAGCUCUUCACACCUGUGACGUAGUGGACGUGUAUGGAUUUAUCACUGAAGACCACAGAAAAUACCCCAACUAUUACUAUGACAGAACCACAAAAACACGGGUUAUUUUUUAUGUCAAUCAUGACUAUAAUGUGGAGAUAAAAACUUGGAAAAAACUGCACGAUGCUGGAAUCAUCAAUCUUUACCAAAGAGAUAAAGACCUAGACUAG